CUUUUCGGAGCAAAAACGACGUUUUCGGCAGCUGACCACGCUGAGGACCGUCACAGUCGUCAGUAGAGAAGCCCGAUCUACCAAAAAACUGACAAAAUGAGUGAGAUGAACAGGCGAAAUGAAUGACCCUUUUGGCCACGUGUGGCUGUCCGCAUCAGUGUUUGGCGUGAAUGCUGUUGUUGGAGCCGUCCAGCAAGUGAUCGGCUUCAUUGUGCGCGUCAUCCAGAUGGCGCUCUUCUUCAUCUCACUCUUCCUCGGUGUGCCACACACACACAGACUCCAAGAAGCACCGACACUCCCUGUGUGUGUUGCAGGUGCGGUGUGGUACUUACAGGAGAGCAUUCUUUUCCACCCUGAAUGUGCGCCAACACAACAAGAGCACUUAUUAAGCGAAGGCCACGUCUGCGGCAUGUGUGUGCGGUGUGUGUGUGUGUGUCGUGUCAGUGCCCAAAGGCAUGAAGACGCCCAGUAUGAACCCUCCCGGUUAUAGGCGGCCCGACGAGGCGGCUGACCUUGGACCGCCCAUAGCCAACAUGCCCUAUGACGACGUCUACACGCGGACCUCCGACGGCGUCCGCAUCAACAUGUAUGUCAGCCACUCACAUAGAGGUGCACAGGCGGGGUCGUGGCAGGGGUAGAUGAUACUUCGGUUCUUCGCUGCUGCUGCUAUGUGUGUUUGUGCAGGUGGUUGAUUCGUCAGCGGUAUGGGGACUGGAAGACGCGGCCGACCAUCAUCUUCUUUCAGGGCAAUGCUGGAAGUGAGCACACACGCACGUGCACUGUGCGGAUGGGGAUGCAUCCAUCGGUGUGCAUCGUGUGUUGUGUGUUGUGUGUUGUGUGCGUGUGUGUGUUAGACAUGGGUCUGCGGAUGCCCAACUUCUGGCGGAUGUACGAUUACCUUCGCUGCAACCUCCUCACCCUCUCAUACCGAGGGUCGCCAACCAACCAACCAACCAUACCCUCUCACAGAGGCGUCCAUGCCCUCUCUCUCUGUGUGUGUGUUGUGGUUCCUCCAGCUACGGGCACAGUGAGGGCCACCCGACAGAAGUGGGCGUCUAUCGGGACGGAGAGGUCAGCCGGAGGCAGACACGAGAGGCAAAUGGCAAUUUUGUGCAUGCCUGGCCCCCGGGGUAUCUGCAGGCCGCGUUGCAGUGGCUGCUGGACGCAUCGGACGUCGACAAGACCAAAAUCUUCCUCUUUGGAAGGUGAGAACGGACGCCGUCGAUGACUGCCAAUCACAGACAUUUGUGGCUGCGUGGCUGUCAGGUCUCUUGGCGGGGCGAUAGCUCUCGACUUGGCAAUGAAAUACCCACAACACGUAGGCCGGCCAUGCCGCAUGACACACACGGAAGCCGCCCCUAGAAUGAGUGAGUCGUGCUGUUGUGUUUUGUGUGGAUGCCAUCCGCCAUCAGGUUCGCGGUGUCGUGGUGGAGAACACCUUCACAAGUCUGUCAGACAUGGUUGAGGUGCUCUUCCCGUUCCUGCUGCCGCUCAAGUGGCUCGUCACCAAACUACAAAGGUCAGUCCAUGACACAUGCACAUAAUAACAGGAAGGAUGGGCACGUGUGUGAUGUGUGUGUGUAGGCUGCACAUGGACACCAUCCACCGCGUGCCACAUGUGGUCGCUCCGACGCUCUUCAUCGCCGGACAGGCGGUGGGCGCUUACACACACACACGCACACACGCUCGAACACUCGAACACACGUUGGUGUUCGCUCCAUCCGUUCAGGACAUGCUGGUCCCGCCUGCUCACAUGGAGCGGCUGUACGCGGCCAGUGGGUCUCGGCACAAGAAGAUCUGCCGCAUCGCCAACGGCACACACAACGAGACCUGGACAGACCCACACGAGUACUUCCAGGUCAGCAAUCCACCCACCUCACCUCACCCCUGCCAUCUAUCCAUCCACCCAUCUCUGUCCAUGGCUACAGGCUUUUCGCGCCUUCAUUCACGAGGCCGAGGCCAUCCCGCUGCCCGAGGCUCCUCCCCCAAAGGCCCCCGCCACGCCCCUGAAUGGCGGCAAGGGUGACGACAGGGCCGCCACGGACGUGUCGACCAGUGCGUCGUCGAGAUGCACGGCAGCCGACGACAGCAACCACAAUAACAGCCACAUGAACAUGCCUAUGCACAGCGGGGGGGCGGUGGUGGUUGGCGAGAUGAAUGGGCCGACGGGACAUGACAAGAACAAAGUUGUGUGAAGAGGGGCAGGGGGAUGCUGCCGUCUGUGUAUGGGUGCGUGUGUGAUGAGUGUGCGUGGCUGUAAAGCUAAUUGAGAGGGAGAGAGGGAGGGAGGGGAGUGGCAGGGAGUGUGUCUGAGUGCUUGUUUGUAACUGAGUGUGGGAGGUGGGGCGAUGUGUUGUGCAGCUCUCUCUAUAGUAUAGCGUGUAUUUGUUAUGUCAAUGACUUUGCCGCUACGUCCAUCCAAGAGGCUAUAGAAACGACGAACUGAUCGAGCACCAGUGAUGAGUGAAUUAUUGAAGGGUCUGAACCAGCCAA